AAAUCCCGAAGUGCGUGUCAAGUGCAAAUAGCAAUAUCCUCCUCGUCGCCUCGUCUCCUUCGUCGUCGUCAUCUUGUUGUUCUUGUGGCUGUCGUCGCAGUAACUUUAACCGAAAGAAAAACCCGAAUUUGUGCGGCCAUGAAAUCCGCUGACUUUGAUAACAAACUAUAAACUGCAUGGGGAAAAUGCGCGCACACGAGGAUACGCGAUUGUGAAACUGUGAAAGUGCAAUCAAAUAAAUUCCCCCAAAGAAAAGUGGAAAAGUACCAGCGGAAAGGUCAACCGUGGAAAAUGUGCAUACAAAACUGCGACAACAUCAAAAUCUGCGACAGUAACGGCAGCCACCACCACCACCACCAGCACCACCACCACCACCACCACCGCGACGCCCAAGACAUAGUCGCAGUCGUUGAGGUCGUUGAGGGUGGAGAGAAUAACGUCAUCCAUACAUCCGACCCACACUACGAGAACUUUAAAUCCAAACUGCAACUGCAGUCCGAGCUGAACAGAAAGAGGCAAAAGUCGGUUAAAGUCAAGGCACCCAAACUGUCAAACUUCAAGAUUCUUAUGUGCUGUUGCUACUUCAUCGUUAUAGUCAUGAUGAUCUAAGAACAAUUCCACCAAGAACUGCAAGCAGAUAACCAACAAAAUACUACACGAAACAAUUACAAUAUAAAGCUACAUUUUAAUCUCGCCCUAACAUAAAAAGCAGUUGCGAAUCGAUUGGUGUCAGUGGAAUAAUCCCGAUGGAUACAUAGAAACGUAUAUGCAAUAGAAGGAGCUAUAUUUUCGAAUUGAAGCCAAUAAAAAUAGAUAAAUAAAGGCUCUAGAGGUGGUGUUCGUGUGUGCAAAGUGAAUUGUUUCCUCAUAUCCAUUGAAAAAUCAGUUUUCAAUUUGCGUGUGUCGAAGCCAGGCAAGUGAAAAGCUUUCAGCAAAACAAACAACAACAAACGCAACCGGUAACACCAUGAUAAUUACCGCAAUUCUACCGCAAUGAAAGCGACAAAUUGAAAGCGGCCUCUUGUGGACGGGCACGGCGAAUGGCGCAGUUUAUGGAACAAUUGCUGACUUAAUCCAUCGCACGCACAUUUCCAUAUCAUUUUGCACACCGACACGCGGCACAGACGCAAACGCAAACGCAGACGCAGCCGCAAACGCGGACGCGGGCGACAGAAAAUGUUGCGGUUUCUCAAGAAUCGUUAGACAUUGGGUCUGUCCAGAUUUAGUUAUCGAGCCGCCCAUCUAUCUAUCUAUAUAUGUAUAUGCUUAGCUGUAUCUGUAUCUCCGCGUAAAGCGCUGCUUAGCUAAUAAAUUGUAACAUUUUUAUCCAUCGGAUGUACAUUAAGCUUAAGUACAGUUAUGUUCAUAUAUAUGGUGUUCCUUGCAGUAAAUCCGUCUGUAAUCUAAGUUUAGAUAAAGCCGAUAAUGUUGUGCAGCGAGCCAGGUCCAAGGGGCAUUUCCGCCAGAGGGAAAGCCCUUUUCAAGUGAAAAAUGUAGCAUGAACAGAUGAUAGCCUGAUGUACUCGAUGUGUGUGUGUGUGUUUGGUCAAAGUUGUAAAUGCUAGAGGAAUAUUCAAAAGAGUUUAGAUCACUUCCAAGGGCUUCGGUGCGAAGCUGAACUAAAACGAGAAGCUGCAAGAAAUCGUUAAAGAAAAAAAC